AUGUGUUCCACCGAAGCUUUUCUCGACAAGUUCGACGUAUCAUUGGCAAGCCUGACGGCACCCAGCGGCGACGAACAGCCGCGCAUGUGCGCGGAGGCGGAGUCCAUGGACACCGUGUCUCCCAUGGACACGCUCCUCGACCCGUCUGUUGUAUACGGGGGCGGCGAAUCGAUAUCUUCUACCUCACCGCCUCUGACACCGCAUCAGCGCUCGCCCGAUUCACCGGCAUCGGGGUACGACAGCCCCGCCAUGGUUAUGGGCGCUAUCAUGGACGCCAGCGACGUCCAACAGCACACUCCCGUGGCUGGGUUGCAAGAGGCUUCCCGCACAGCCUCAACGACAUGCAACCAGACAAACACUAAAGACGAGGGAGAAGGCUCGGCACGUCGCAACUGCGAUCGCCGCAGCCUCGAGCACAAGCAUACUUCGAUAUCACUUUCUGAAACCACCGAAUCCCAGUGCCGGGAUUAUCGACUAGUGUCACAGGAGACGCAGCCUACUCGCGGAGCCAAGCGAAAGUCCCCCGAGGACGACGAGUACGUUGAACGUCCUCCCAAGAAGAUUAAGUGCGCGUCGAAAACAACGAAAUGCGCGUCGAAAAAGACCAAGCGUGCUCCCAAGCAGCGCCAACCGGCGAAGUUCCCCUGCGCACGGCCGGGCUGCAAUCGCUCAUUCACUCGGCCGGCGGAUCUUCUACGCCACCAAUUGGGAACCAAGAGCUGCACCACAAACGGCGAGGCAAUCCCCAAGAAGUAUUUCUGCGGGAGGUGCCACAGGGGCUUCCAUCGCCGCGACGCCCUCGCUCGUCACGUGGGCAGUAAAAAGGGCUGCACGAAAUUCUUGAAUGGGAAACGGCGGUGA